GUGCCUGGAAAGAGCCGCGCAGUGCUGUUUCGGCACGCAUAGGAGGUGAGGUAGGUAGCAAGGAUGGCUCCAGUGGAUGUCCCGGCGACAACGUCGAAGCACUCGCCAAUCGUCAGAUUGUCAAUUCCCGUUUGGUUUCGGAGCUCGUCCUCCAGGACCUCCAGCACACACGCAGCAACGAUUCCACGCACGCCGCCACCGUCCAGGGCCAGGAUUGAUCGCUUUCUUUUCUGCUUCUGACGCACGCACAGCCAGAGGCACACGUGAACAAAAUGGCGAGAGAUCUUGUGUUGUUGGCAGCUUGCUACCAGGCUCCAGCACAAGGGCCUUCUCCGUGCAUUGGAGGGGAGAAGAGUCUCCACUUUCGUUGCGCCGGGCACAAUCUGCAUGCUCAACCCACGCGCGAUAGCCAGAUGACGACCCUGAGUUAUGACAAACAGACAACACAGCUUGUGUAUUCGUUCUUGCUACAUCCUUUUUGGUCCUUGCCUACCCGCAGCCUGGUCUGCGGUCCUACUCCUGACGCAGGCACGAGGGUCCAGAAGCCAUGGACAAGGACUCCGACGAUCACAACUGCAGCAAGCAACUUCAU